UCAGACACAGCAGCUUCAAGAAAAGUCGUGCUGUACCACUGAAAACUGAAUGAAACACCUAGUUUAGAAACUAGUCCUCUGGUCGGCGAGUCGAUCAAUGAGCCAUUUUACCUUUUGUAGAACCUUCAGUUGCUCAUUCCAGUGCCAAAAAGCGCCAGCCACGCACUAAGCGCUGUCCACUUGCAUACUUCACAGGCGCCAAUAGCACAGCAUACUUCACACAUCGUAGCAUCGUAGCAUCCAUACUAGUAGCAUCCAUUACUACUACUAAUACCGCCGAUGGCAAUGCGAAGGCUCCACGCUCCUCUCCUCCUCGCGGUGCUGCUGCUCAGCGCUCUCGUCGCAGCGCACGCGCAAUACUCGGGGCUCAACGCGUUGAAACGAAUCGAGGCUGCUCUGACGAGGAAGAAGAUGACGACCACCGUCACGUACAUGCGGGAGUGUGGAUUCAACGACACCCUUGUAGUGAGAUUGCCUGAAUCGACGACGACUCUGCUGCUGCCGAUGAACACGGGGUGGAACAAGCUCAGCGCGUACACGCGGAACCUGCUCCGCAAGGACCCCAAGAAGAUGUGGCAGGUGUUCGCGUAUCACAUGAUCGCCGGCCGUUACAUGUACAAGCAGCUCACGAGGAUCCCGUACAACAAGUUGCUAGUGACUGGGUAUGAGAGUUUCAAGGUGAGGCGGUUCCCCACGAAGCUCCCGCAAUUUGGCAAACCCGGCACGCACGGUGGUGCCUACGUGAAGGUGAACAAUGUGUACCAAGACGUCCACGUGGCGAUCCAUGGGGUUAACAACGUCAUGAUUCCUGAGUUCACUGACUAGAUUUCUAGGAGGAAAUGUUUUGAUUAGGGGAUUGGGUUGCAUCAUGUGUCUUGCAUGCUCUUGUAUGUACUUACUUAGCUCUUGAUGUAAAGUUUCUCUUUGCAUAUU